AUGAGCUUACUUUUGCACUACUGCUCCACCCUCACAGCCUACGAGUUGACGGGUCUCUCCGGCGGUGGUCAGCAGAUAGACAAACUUAAAAAGGCCUACGCGAGGGCCGUGGAACUGCUGGUCAACCUGGCCUCCCUGCAGACUUCAUUUGUGACACUGGAUGGGGUCAUCAAAGUCACCAACCGACGUGUCAACGCGAUCGAACAU